UCCUACGUGUUGCCGGCUGGUUUGGUCCAAAAAUAAACAAACAAUUGGAACUCUAUUUUUGAAGGACGAGUGGGAGGAUCAGGAACGGAUCCGCCGCCAUGAAUGGGUCCUGGAAACUGGUCCUGCCCGUGGGCUUUGUGCUCUACUCGCUGCCACUGUUUCUGCGGGUGAAUGGCACCUCGGACUACGUAAUCGACGAGGAGUUCCACAUCCCGCAGGGAUUGGCCUUUUGCCGCAAGGAAUUCGAUGUGUGGGAUCAAAAGAUAACUACGUUUCCGGGCCUGUACCUGAUCGCCCUCAUCCUGAAUCCUUUCAACAUGUGCACGGUGACGGGCUUGAGGAUGCUCAGCUUGGCCGGUGCCGGAAUCAACAUUCUGCUGCUUUACAAGAUCAGGCGGCGCAUCUUGGCCGGCACAGGGGGCAACUCGUAUGCUGCCCAUGAGGCUAUCACGAUGUCUGUGCUUCCGCCUCUCUACUUUUUCAGUCAUCUGUACUACACGGAUACCCUAUCAUUGACCAUGGUUCUUAUAUUUAUAAACUAUUGGCAACAGGAGGCACACCUGCCGGCGGCGGUCUUUGGGGCCGCUAGUGUGCUCAUGCGUCAGACUAACAUCGUGUGGGUCUGCAUGGCAACCGGAAUGACCGUGCUGGACACGCUGGUUCAACAAUGCGCCCGCACACAAGCCGUUCCCAAGGACAAAAUUCGGCUAAUAGGCAAAGAGUUGUGGAUACAACUCUUCAGCAGCCCCCAGUUGCUGUGCAAUUGCAUUCUGAGCAUUUUGGCCAGGUGCUGCUUUUACGCUUCCAUCAUUCUGCCCUUUGUAGGAUUCCUGUGCAUCAAUGGAUCCAUUGUGGUGGGCGACAAGAGUGCCCAUGAGGCCAGUCUGCAUGUGCCGCAGCUCUUCUACUUCGCUGUCUUUGCGGCUGGGUUUGGGAUAUCCAAUUCCAUGCGCCAGUUUCGACCGGCAGUGGAGCUAAUCCGCAGGAAUCGAGUGUUCUUCCUCCUGGCGACGCUGCUAGUACUGGUGGUGGUUCACCUGAACACCGAGGUGCAUCCUUAUCUGCUGGCCGACAACAGACACUAUACCUUCUACAUUUGGAGCCGACUUUACGGAAGAUUCUGGUGGUUCAAGUACGCCAUGGUCCCGGUAUAUUUGCUCUCUAUUUCCGUUCUGUUUUGCGGACUGCGUCACAUGCCGGACAGCUUCAAGUUGAUGUUCCCACUUAGUCUUUUCCUGGUGCUGUGCUUCCAGCGACUCUUGGAGCUUCGCUACUUCUUGGUGCCUUACAUCCUUUUCCGGCUGAACACGCGGCACACUCGCAAGGGCUAUGCCGAGUGGCUGGAACUGGGCGCCCAUCUGCUCCUCAAUGUCGCCACCUUCUACGUGUACUUCACCAAGGAAUUCUACUGGCAAAAUUACCACGCUCCUCAAAGGAUUAUUUGGUAGUUCCCUAAUAAGUCAUUCCUUAUCAAUUCAAAACGUAGAUCGGAAAAUUCAUUUACGUUUUUAGCAUUUAAUAAAUAAAAACGGUCGGCAUUUUCAA